UUUAUCCCAGGGUGUACAAUAAACUAAGACCUUGUUGUUUGCCGCAGUAUCUUUUUGUGCUUUAUUGUGUCAACAUAAACAUUGAAAACAUGGGUCAGGGCGCGUUUGAUUGCUUCUAAGGAUGUAUUCUUGUUUCCACAAGCACCUGUCUACGACUAAUCCUUACGUUGAUAUACAGACGGAUUACUGACAAGACCGAUAAUUAUUUUCCAAACGACAGAGGGAGCAGUAAAUUAUGUUUUAUUUGCCGUUUAGUGGGAUGUUAAUUCUGACAUUUUUAUAGUGUUACCCGAGACCCAAGUUUUGGAUAGAUUUAACUUUUUUUUUGCAACACCAAUUCACACAUGGUAAACCCACAGCUAAGCUCAUUUGGCGGAUGCAGUAAAAAAAGAGUGAGCUUAGGUUGUACUGGCAAUUUUAUUUUUAUAUUUUUGUAUGCUGCCUUUGGAAUCUGGAAAGUUCAGUGAGAUAGAUUGCGACGCCCUCAUAAAUGUCUCUCUUCCUAGAUCAUCAGCGCGUUACGUAACGGUGGUAAGGCAUCACGAUGAUGUUUCUAAAAUCUCGGUUCUUCUUUAAACGUAAACACCUAUUUAUGCAAAGUCAGCUGGUGACACAGUAAGUCAAAUAACUGGAUUAGUGUUAAUCCGUUGCAUCUGUUAUAUAGCUGAAUUUUAGGUCACUAUAAUGUAUCAAUAUUUCUCGAAUUUCUUUUUAUGUGGUGUAUUUGAACAGGUUGUUUGACAAGUUUUCUUUGAUUCUUCUACAUCUGUGGUAUUGGAAGUAUUGUGGCCAUUUAAAUUAAAAAAAAUUAGGUAAAACAGUUCAAAUUUCAACCGCGUGGUUUAGCAUGGGUCAGCGAUCCAAUGGAUUUUAAAUUCUGCAAAAUGUGCACGCGCUACUAAUUAGAGACCACUAAUUGCCCAGUCUUCGAGGGAAACAGCCCGUCUCAAUUGUACAGUUUAAGAUAUUUUGUGCAACAAUCACCAUGCCCAAAAUGCAACUUCCAACAGCCUUCCAGAAAGUUUUCGAAAUGUUUGGAAUAUUCUGUCUAUAUUUUGGAAUUUUCUCUGCUGUUAAUGCGCUUCCCGAUUUCCAAGACGGUGACAUUAGACUGAUAGGCGGACGUACUGAAAAUGAGGGGACAGUCGUUAUUUACCAUGACGGACGCUGGGGGAGCAUAUGUGACCGUGGCUGGGAUAUCAGAGACGGGAAUGUUGCCUGCCACCAGCUCGGCUUUCACAGAGCACUGCAGUCUCUUCGCCGCAGUCCUUUUGGACCCGGACGCACAUUGCGAUGGCUGACAGCCUUGCGCUGUGGUGGAAGGGAGCUCAGGCUUGACAAAUGUCGCCCUCGAAGAUGGGGAAUAGACAGAGAUGAGAGGCACUGUCAACAGUACAGUCGCUCUGCGGCGGUUGUCUGUAUGCCAAAAACUAUCACCUCCACAUCUUCUACUACCACAACUACCGCAAAGACAACCACAAAAUCCCAUACCACUUCCACGACUGUAAGACCAUCAACAAAACAGAUUACAGCUACAGCCAAGCCAACGACUAUUGCACCGAAAACUUCUUCUGUUGAAAAUAACAUUCCAACAGUUAAAACAAUUAUUGCUGCAGAAGAUAUUGAUGGGGGUGAUGAGGAGAAACACACAAUAUCUGAAAGAUAUUCGAACAGAAGUAUAAUUUAUGCCGAAAACAAUGGUAGUGAUAAUUUCAUUCCUAACCAAAUUGUGACGAAUAAGAGACGCUCUCGUAUGCAGUAUGAUGCUGAAUGGAGUGACACAAGGCGAACGAAGGAUAUCGAAAACUCCCCAACAACAAAGAAACCUACCACAACAACAAAGAAACCUUCCACAACAACAAAGAAACCUUCUACAACUCCAGCAGCACCUGCUCCUUUUAGAUAUGAAGCUGAAGUUUAUUCUAUCAAUUUACCGAGACGGCGUUGGGUGAAAGAUCCUCUCUUGAAGUGUUGGGUGCUGGCUACAGUUCGAGGAAAGAUACUAAUAGCAAAACCGGGAAGACGUCCCAAACGAAUAACCAAAGAGGAGUAUUAUAAGAGGAGGCGAACUGAACUCGAGGCACAAAGAGGUGUAGAAGAUGUCUCCAAUGAAAUAACACGCUCUCCACUAAAUGACGCUUCAAAGACGCAUGGAAACGUCGAAAACAACCGUAUAGCAGACCAUGUGAGCCGUAAAACAACACGGAGUCCAACAACAACCACAUCAAAACCAACAACAACGGAGAAACCAACAACAACGACAACCACAAAAGAACCACCACCAGCAAGAGCCAGACCUACUCCAAAACCAUCUACUUUAAAGUCCACAACCAGAAAAUCUACGACUACGACAACAAUAACACCAAAACGUACAACACCAAAGCCUACACCACCAAAACCAACAACUCCAAAGCCUACAACACCAAAACCAACAACUCCAAAGCCUACAACACCAAAACCCACAACACCAAAGCCCACAACACCAAAACCUACAACACCAAAACCUACAACACUCAAAUCCACCACAACAACUACCCCUAAACCCAUUCCUUUCUCCAACCCUAACCCUGAGCCAUCUUCAGCCAAUACAUAUGAAGAUGAAGUUUAUGCUUUAAAGCUUGUGAAGAGUAAAUGGAUCAAAGAUAAUGAUCUUGGACUGUGGGUGAUGCUAUCUAGAUCCGGGAAGGUUCUUAUUGCCAAGCCUGGUCAGCGAUCUAAGAAAGUUACAAAAGAUGAGUAUUACCAAAUGAGGAGAGAAAAGAUUCGAGAAACGCACUCUCAUGACCGGAUGAAAUCAGACGAUCCCUUACCCGGUCAGGAAUUAGAACAGGUUCCAGCACCAACAAGGAGACAAUUGCCCCUUGGCAGUGAGGAGAAUACCAUUAGUGGUAAUGCGAGUACUUUAUUUGUGUCCUCCAACGUUAUAAUUGGUUCGGACUUGAAUAUCACAGGACGCUCUUCACACAAUGGAAAACCACGCAAGCAUGAUUCACGCAUCGAAAAUCGUCACAGACACGGGCAUGGAUCUGGGAAGAUAAAGAUUAGACUUGCUGGUCAGCGAGCCAAUCGCGGAAAAAUCGAAAUUCUCCCCAGCGGAAGAGAGGAAUGGGGUGUGAUUUGUGGCGAUCAUUGGACAAUGAGAGAAACUAUGGUUGUCUGCAGGGGCUUAAACCUUGGCUAUGGUCAACAACCAUUAACAACGGCAGUCUAUGGUGGUAGUGACCAGAAGAAAUAUUACACAAGGGUUCGUUGUAAGGGAAAUGAGAAGAGGCUGGCGGAUUGUGAGUGGAUGGAUCACGAGGGCGCGGUGCAAUGUUCCUCCCGUGAAUCAGUGGCUGGUGUCAUCUGCACAUCAGCACUUCCCGAUUUAGAACCUAGCAUUUACAUGUUAGAAACAACAACAUUCCUGCAAGACAGACAUUUGUAUUACCUCCAGUGUGCAAUGGAAGAAAAAUGCUUGGCACCAUCUGCUUACGAAGCACAACGAUCUCGAUACUGGAGACAGAGUACUCGGCGCCUACUGCGCUUCUCGAGUGUGGUCAAGAACAUAGGAACGGCGGACUUCAAGCCAAUGACUGACCGGAGCCAGUGGGAGUGGCAUGCAUGUCACAUGCAUUACCAUAGCAUGGACGUUUUUGCCCAUUAUGAUAUUAUGGACCAGAAUGGAAAUCGUGUAGCAGAGGGAUUAAAAGCCAGCUUUUGUUUAGAAGAUUCCGCUUGUAAUCCUGGUAUUUUCCCCAAGUAUAGCUGCCAAAACUAUGGCCAACAAGGAAUAAGUGUUGGUUGUUCAGACAACUAUAUGGCUGACAUAGAUUGCCAGUGGGUUGAUAUUACAGAUUUAGAACCUGGAGAAUAUAUUUUCAAGGUGGAAGUCAACCCGAAAAUGUUGGUUGCUGAAAUCAACUUUGACAAUAACGCUGUUAUAUGUAAUUUGCAGUACACAGGAUAUUAUGCAAGGCUUUCGAAAUGCAAACUUGCAUCAUUGUUAUAGUCCAGCCAUUUUAAGGAUAUGCAAUGAAUUGGAAGAUAUAUAUACAGAACUUAAUUUGAAAAUCUGAAUAAUAGUCUGAAAACGUUCGGUUGCAUAUCCAUCAUCCGAAAAAUAUGACAUGGUUUAUAGGUGUUUUAUCGUGCGUUCUUCAUUUUGUUAAGAAACAUACAAUCUCCGAAAAUGCCAUGGGAAGCUCAUCAAUUCUUAUCUCAUAGCCAAGUUAACGUACUUCACAAAAUGAUGGGUUAAACCGCUGACAACAAGGGAAAAAGAUACUUUUAAAUUUAAUUUAUAUUUUUACCCUUGGUUUUCUUUCUUUUUUCCUGUGGUAUAAAACUUAACUCGUUCUCCACAUCAAAGAUGAUAUGUUACGUAACUGAAAAGCCAUGAUAUGCGCCUUUCUGUAAUGUUAUAGUUUUGUGGACUACUAAGGAGAUGCUUUAAUAGCUGUGAUAUUGUAACAUGCAUUUUAUAGUACAAAGCUUGUGCUUUCAUGUUUUGUGUUUUAUUCCAGUGAAAUUUAGGACAAUUCAAUGUAUUUUCAUUCCUAUUCCUGUUGUAGGUAGAUAAAUAUGUAAUGAGUGUUUAUUUACCAUAUUAAAAGAUUGUGCAUGAAGUAUGGACUAUAAGAUAAGGUUUAUGUAAAAGAGCAAAUUUCAACUAUGUAUUCGACCACAUAACAUUUUCAGAAUGUAAGAGAAUUACAUUACACAACAUUACAUUACAUUACGCAAAGAUGUUUCUCCGUCCGAUUUAUAAGAAUUCCAUGUCUGAGAAUGGAUAAUUUUUUAAUUUAAAUUCCGAGUGCUUUUUUAUUUUUUAUUUUUACCCAUCUUAAACAUUUAAUGAGCAUUUUCUUACCACUUUUCAAUUGUUAUUAAACAUAUAUCUACCACUGAAAUAAAAUGUUAUUACAUGUGGUAUAGUUUUUCAGGAUUAGGUCGUUUAUUAAAAUAAGUGUGAAGACCUUUGAAAUCCCUGCAAUUAAUUUAUAUCAUUUAUUAUUAUUAUUAUCAUUUCAUUUUAGUGAAUUAUUGAUGAAAAAGUGUGUCUUUUUAGCAAUGGAAUGUAUUUUAUUUUUUCUGCAAGGAUUUUGACAUCUGCAUAUGUUCAAAUGUUAAGUUUUCUAGUUUCAAUGAUUUAAUCCAUAUUAAGCAAUCCAUUUUCUUUCCAUGCACAUACAUGUAUACAUUGAUUGGUUACUCUAACUGCAUGUGAAUCUAAAAACAAAAUGAUAUUAAUGCCAUAAAUUAUUGCAUGAUGUAUUUCGAGCUUAAUUAUGAUGUGCCAUUUGAUGUGAGCCUUGUUCAUAUAUAUAUAUAUAUAUAUAUAUAUAUAUAUAUAUAUAUAUAUAUAUAUAUAUAUAUACAUGUAUAUAAUCAAACAAUCCAGUCCUAACACAAUGUCAUAACUAUAUUUUGUUAUUUUAUUAUACAUGUACAGU